UCCGUCAUGGCGGUGCAGCCGAAGCAGAACAUGUCCAUGGACAGUGCGGCCGAGCACGGCUUUUUAAACUUCAUUUUCUCCAUGCCGGAGAAACCGGACACGACUUUGAGAAUAUUUGACCGAAACGACUAUUACACCGUUCACGGGAAGGACGCCAUAUUUGCUGCCAAGGAGGUUUUUAAGACGAAUGGGGUCAUCAAGUAUUUGGGUUCAGGAAGUCGCAAGCUGGAGAGUGUGAUCCUGAGCAAGCUGAACUUUGAAGCCUUUGUGAAGGACUUGUUGUUGGUGAGGCAGUACAGAGUGGAGGUGUACAGGAACCACAGCAAGAGCAGCAAAGAGCACGACUGGAGGAUUGAGUACAAGGCGUCUCCGGGAAACUUGACUCAGUUUGAGGAGAUUCUGUUUGGCGGUGGAACCGGAGCGGAGGGCUGCGCGGGGGUCGUUGCGGUGCGAUUUGCGACAGGAGCCGACGGGCAGCGUGUGGUUGGGGUCGGCUACGUGGACGCUGCCCAGAGGAAAAUGGGAGUGUGUGAGUUUCCAGACAAUGAGAUCUUCUCCAACCUGGAGUCCCUGCUUGUCCAGAUCAGCCCCAAAGAGUGUCUCCUAGCUCAGGGUGAAUCCAGCGCUGAUGGGAACAAACUACGGGAGGUGGUACAGCGUGGCGGCAUGCUGGUUUCUGACAGAAAGAAAGCAGAGUUCAGCAGCAAGGACAUCGUUCAGGAUCUCAACAGGCUGCUGAGAUCUAAGAGAGGGGAGACGGUAGUGAGCAACACACUACCUGAACUGGACAAGCAGGUGGCCAUGUCUUGUUUGGCUGCUGUGGUGCGUUUCCUCGAGCUGCUUUCUGACGAGUCCAACUUUAACUCCUUUAGUCUCACCACUCUGGAGCUUGGUCAGUACAUGAGGCUGGACCACGCCGCCGUCAGGGCUCUUAACCUCUUCCAGGGUUCACCUGACGACGCCAGCGGCGCUCACUCGUUGGCCGGUUUGCUGAACAAGUGCCGAACUCCGCAGGGUCAGAGGCUGGUCAACCAGUGGAUCAAACAGCCACUCAUGGACAAAACCAAAAUAGAAGAAAGGCUGGACCUCGUGGAGAGCUUCGUGUGCGACGCCGAGCUCAGGCAGACUUGUCAGGAGGAUUUGCUGCGCCGCUUUCCCGAUCUUCACCGCCUGGCCAAAAAGUUUCACCGACACACUGCAACUCUGCAGGACUGCUACCGCGUCUACCAGGCUGUGAGCCAGCUCCCCACCCUCAUCACAGCCCUGGAGAGAUACUCAGGCAGCUACCAGGUGCUGCUGCAGGCAGCGUUCACCUCUCCUCUCCGAGACCUGCAGAAAGAUUUCACAAAGUACCAGGAGAUGAUCGAAACCACGCUGGACAUGAACCAGAUUGAACACCACGAGUUCCUGGUGAAGGCAUCGUUCGAUCCGGUUCUGAGCGAGCUGAGAGAAAAGAUGGACGCGCUGGAACAAAGCAUGCAGACUGUGCUGAGCGGUGCAGCCAGAGAAUUAGGCCUGGAAGCUGGUAAGACGGUGAAGCUGGAGUCCAACGCCGUGCUGGGGUUCUACCUGAGAGUCACAUGCAAAGAGGAGAAGAGUCUGAGGAACAAUAAGAAGUUCACCACACUGGACGUGCAGAAGAACGGCGUGCGCUUCACAAACAGCAAGCUGAGCUCUCUGAACGAGGAGUACACCAAGAGCAGGGAGGAGUACGAAGAGGCCCAGAACGCCAUCGUCAAGGAGAUCAUCAGCAUCGCCUCAGGGUAUGUGGAUCCCCUCCAGACGCUAAAUGACGUUGUAGCGCAGCUGGACGCAGUGGCGAGUUUUGCCGUGGCGUCCGUUUCCGCCCCCAUCCCGUACGUUCGACCCCGAGUCUUAGAUGGCGGCUGCAGGCGUCUGGAGCUGCUGCAGGCCAGACACCCCUGCAUGGAGACGGACGCAGACACCGCCUUCAUACCUAACGAUAUCACCUUUGUCCAGGGCGAGAACAGCUUCUACAUUAUAACAGGACCAAAUAUGGGCGGAAAGUCGACGUUUAUCCGGCAGGUGGGUUUGAUCGCUUUGAUGGCGCAGAUCGGCUGCUUUGUGCCAUGUGAGAAGGCGGAGCUUAGUGUGACGGACAGCGUCCUGGCUCGAGUGGGAGCUGGAGACAGCCAGGUAAAAGGGGUGUCCACUUUUAUGUCCGAGAUGUUGGAGACCGCUGCCAUCCUGCGCUCGGCCACGGAGAGCUCGCUCAUCAUCAUCGACGAGCUCGGCAGAGGGACGUCCACGUACGACGGCUUCGGGCUGGCCUGGGCCAUCAGCGAACACAUCGCCGCCAAGAUCGGCUGCUUCUGCCUCUUCGCCACGCACUUCCACGAGCUGACGGCUCUGGCGGCGCAGCAGCCCACCGUGCACAACCUGCACGUCACCGCCCUGACGUCACACAACACACUCACGAUGCUGUACAGGGUCAGACCAGGUGUGUGCGACCAGAGUUUUGGAAUCCACGUCGCUGAGUUGGCGUGCUUCCCUGCGUCGGUGCUGGCGGUGGCAAAGGAGAAGGCGGAGGAGCUGGAGGAGUUCCAGGAGCCCGCAGGAGAUCAUCUGAAGCGGGAGGACGAGCCAGAGGCCAAGAGACGGCGGAUGGACAAACAAGCGGGAGAAAACCUGAUCCAGGACUUUCUGCAAAAGGUGAAAUCUCUCCCUGUUGCCACCAUGACCGAGGAGGAGGUGAAGGAGGAGCUCAGGAGGAUGAAGCAGGAGUUGAUCACCAAAAAUAACCCGUACGUCCGUGAGCUCCUCGCUCGCUGUGUUCCAGUGAAAACUGCGUAA